AAAAAAAAACACAGAAGAGAGAAAAAAGAGCAAACCACACAAUAUUCUCCCCUUCUCUCUCUCUCUUCUUCUUCGUCUUCGUCUUCUUCUUUCGCUCGAGAGAGAGAGAGUCUCUCUCUUUAAGCCGAAGCACAAGCAGCAUCACAAAGAGAGAGAAAAACGAAGACCUUCUUUACUCCUUCUCCUCUCUCUGUUCGCAUUAGAAUUUGCGUCUUAAGAAUAUCGUUAGAUUCAGCUUGGUGGAAAAGACAAAAGAGGAUCCGUUAGCCUCCAUAGAUCCCUUCAGAUCUGCUUCCAUCUCUGUAAAAUGGAAGAGGAGAUGAUGAAUCAUUGCUUAGAAGAGUCCAAGAAGAUGCGAACUAUCGAAUGGUCUUAAAUCAAAACAAAAGUACAAACAAUUCGUUUCCAAGAAGGUAAAAUUUUUAAUAAAAUAUUCUCUCUGGAGGGUGUGGUGUGGUGUGAUGGAAGAGAUGACUCCAGCAGUUGCAGUGACUCUCAGCUUAGCUACUAACUCUAUAUGCGACUCAUCACAAACUCUGGACAUCACUCAGCUCAAGAACGUUACUGACUCAGCUGACUUGUUACCUGAUUCCACCAUGGAAGAAGUUGCUGCACAGGAAACCCCCAAGAAAGGGCCUUCUUACUCUGAUGAAGACGAGGUGUUGGAGGAUACUAGUGCUGUCAUAAGCGAAGGCUUACUAGUCGUCGAUGCUGGAUCUGAGCUCGGCUUGUUGUCUGAAAACGGUAGAGUUCUCGCUAAAGCCAUUAUCCUAGGGGAAUCAAGCAUCGAGCAGGUUCCCACAGCUGAAGUUAUUAUCCAGGGGACAAAGGCUGGAGAUGGUUCAGAGGUUGUCAUUAGGUUGCCAGAAGAGAAUAGUAGUAACAACAAUAAUCACGUGGCGAGAGGGAGAAGCGUGUAUGAGCUGGAUUGUAUCCCUCUCUGGGGAACGGUUUCGAUUCAAGGUAAUAGAUCUGAGAUGGAGGAUGCUGUCGCCGUGUUGCCUCAUUUCUUGAAGUUACCUAUCAAAAUGCUGAUGGGAGAUCAUGAGGGUAUGAGUCCAAGCCUCACUCACCUCACUGGUCAUUUCUUCGGUGUUUAUGAUGGUCAUGGAGGCUAUCAGGUUGCUGACUACUGCCGAGAGAGACUCCAUUUUGCUUUGGCUGAAGAGAUAGAGCGGAUAAAAGACGAGUUGUGCAAGAGGAACACUGGAGAGGGUAGGCAGGUGCAGUGGGAGAAAGUGUUCACUAACUGUUUUCUAAACGUUGACGGUGAGGUUGAAGGAAGAAUCGGCAGAGCCGCUGCUGGUGUUGGUUCCUCUGAUGUGGUUCUUGAGGCUGUUGCCUCUGAGACUGUAGGAUCAACAGCUGUGGUUGCUUUGGUUUGUUCAUCACAUCUAGUAGUUUCUAACUGCGGUGAUUCGAGGGCGGUUUUAUACCGUGGCAAAGAAGCCAUGCCCUUAUCAGUUGAUCACAAACCAGAUAGAGAGGAUGAAUAUGCGAGAAUAGAAAAUGCUGGUGGGAAAGUUAUACAAUGGCAAGGCGCUCGUGUGUUUGGUGUUCUCGCCAUGUCUAGGUCCCUUGGUGACAGAUAUCUAAAGCCAUAUGUGAUCCCGGAACCGGAAGUGACAUUCAUGCCUAGGUCAAGAGAAGACGAUUGUCUGAUAAUAGCCAGUGAUGGUCUUUGGGACGUGAUGAGCAACCAAGAAGUCUGUGAAGUAGCGAGGAAACGAAUCUUGAUGUGGCACAAGAAGCACGGUGCACCUCCUCUAGCGGAGAGAGGCAAAGGAACGGAUCCAGCUUGCCAAGCCGCGGCUGAGUACCUCUCCGUGCUUGCUCUUCAGAAGGGAAGCAAAGACAACAUCUCCAUCGUUGUGGUUGACUUGAAAGCUCAAAGAAAGUUCAAGACCAGAGCUUGAUGAUGAUUACUUUUUUUCUUUCUUUUUUACUGGGGUAAGUUUGCAGAAUCUUCUUAUAUUUUAGAUCGUAAGAGAUCUAAUUUCGACAUGUUUUUUACAUAUAAUUUACUCGAUAUUGUUAGAGUAAAGACUGAAGAAGAUGAUGAUGAUGAUGCAUAGCUAAUUAUAAGUACAUUCCUUUUUUUUCUCUAUGAAAACUUGGACUCGUAUGUAUUAAGAAGAAAUAGGCCAAGAUAAUGUCUUUUUCUUUCGUUUUGGGUAUUAAAAUAGAUGAAUAUGUUGUAAUGUUUUGUGAUCUGGCUAAUGAAAUUGUAAUUGCAACUA